GUAGUAAUUUAUAUCUAGUAUGGCAAGGGUAGUCUAGGAAUUGCAUAAGAUCUGAGCUCGCUAGUGCCUGAGAGUGACAGGCAGGUGGGAGCGAAGUUUCCUGCUAAUGCUACAACAUUAAAUAUUCUAUGGCCGCAACACUGGUAUGCCAUAACAGAAGAUGCAAGACUGCGGAUGCGCAUUUGAUGUCCUGCGAACGCUGGCCCGCGUCGGAGAGCUCACCACGUCGUCUCAAGUCCCUCUCGAAACCGCGCUUCAGGUGACGUCGACAGCAGAGCGCCCCAGCCUCGCCGUACUGAGCUGUGAGCGUUGUCGCCAGCAGCGGCUACCGCUUACUGCUGUCACGAUACUGUGUGCCCAUCUGGUUGAUUGGCUGUGUCGGCUGUGGAAUCUCACGGACGUCGAUGCCAGUAGCACUACGACUACGACGACAACGACCACCACCACCACCAACAAUUCAAACGCCAGAAGCAACACCAAUCACUUGAGCAACACUACUAAUGUCAGCAACCGCUCUGAGAGCCAGCUUUCACUCCAGCCGUGGAAGUUUUCUCUUGGCAACUACGAUCUUGAUGCCGACGAAGCCGAUGCUCUCAGCAAUGAACUCAUAACUUUACGACUCACCGAUUUCUCUGCUGUCCUAGGCUCUCUGGAAGCUGCCCUCGUCACAUCUGGACUCACACUUUCCAUGUCCUCGUCGCCGCCCGAGCGAUCCAUCAGCAACCCAACCGCCACUGACCUGGCAGCCUUUGCCCCGACUUGUCUUGACAUUGUGCGCGCCAAUCUCCGUCUCGUGCGCACAUCCAUACGCCGACUCAAAGAGAAGUCACUGCUGAACAACAGCGGAUCAAGUCCCAUAUUCUAAUGACAGGUAGGGACGUUGAACGGAUGAAUGAGUUUGGGUCGUGCGAGUUUGCGGAAAUUUAUAUAAGACUCUGUAUUAUACCCUGUU